AUGACCGAUGUUGAUAACCUCUUCAAAAGCUCCGGCGGCGUUGGCAAAAGGAAGCUUGAUGCUGUACGAGACCCAAAUGAAAUAUACAAGUCGGCCAAAUUGAGCGCCAGCGAGUCUAUAAGUCGGCAUGCCCAAGUGGAAGAAGAAGGCGAUGAUGAUGAUAUCGCCGGACCUGCUCCCCCACCUGACGACGACGCGGACGACUACGGGCCCGAAAUGCCCCCGGACGAGGAUGAUGAAGGCCGAUUCUUCGGCGGAGGGAUCACAAAACAAGAAUCCGAAAUACUGGACUACGUGGACGGCCGCGGCGAGAACUCGGCCACUUCUGAGAAGAUCGACGCUGCUUGGGUCAGAAAAGCUGCCCUGAAUUUCGAAAAGCGAAUCACGAAGAACGCCGAGUUGCGCGCCAAGUUUGCCAACGAACCCCAAAAGUUCAUCGAGAGCGAGGCAGAUCUCGAUGCCGCCAUCAAGGAUCUCUCCAUCUUAGCAGAGCAUCCCGACCUGUACCCUCAAUUCGUCAAGUUGGGCUGUGUUGAUAGUCUUGCCGGGCUACUGACACAUGAAAACACCGACAUCGCCAUUGAUGCUGUCGAAAUUAUCGGUGAGCUCACUGACGAAGACGUUUAUGCGUCUGACGACGACUGGGAUAUGCUGGUGGAUGCGCUGUUGAAGGCAGACCUGGUUAGCCUUCUCGUGUCAAACUUCUCUCGCCUAAAUGAAGAUGAUGAGUCCGACCGCAGCGGGGUGUACCAUGCACUUGGCGUCCUAGAGAACCUCCUGUCCAAGAAGACGAACGCGGAAACGGUUGGUAGGGACGAGUCGUUGAUCAGGUGGCUGUUGGAGAGGGCCCAGCGUAAGGAGUCCCCCGUAUCCCAGAACAAACAGUACGCUACAGAGCUGUUGGAUAUCAUCGCGCACACAUCGAUAAUAACGCGCCGUCGGCUGGCAGAGCUGGACGCCGUCGAUGUAUUGCUGCAACUGGUAUCGGCUUAUCGCAAACGCGACCCAGAGAAAGGCGGCGAGGAGGAAGAGUACAUGGAGAAUCUCUUCAACGCAUUAGUCUGCAUUGUUGAUGAGCCGGAAGGCAAAUUCAAAUUCCUCGAAGCAGAAGGCAUCGAACUGUGCUUGAUUAUGCUCAAGGAAGGUAAGAUGAGCAAGCAACCGUCGAUGCGACUUCUUGUGCAUAGCGUCAGUGGAGAUAUGAGCGGCGAGGUUUGCCGGAAGAUUGUUGAAGCUGGUGGCCUGAAGAUUCUCUUCACCUUGUUCAAGAAGACUACACAGCAGCGCAUGGUUAUGGAGAGCUUGUUUGACAUCUUCAGAUCUCUCUUGCGGUUUCUUCCCGCCAACUCGGCCGAGAGGAUCCGGACGCUGGCGAAGUUUGUCGAGAGGGAGUACGAGAAGUUGGACCGACUCUACGACUGCAGGAGGACAUACAAGUCAAUGCUCGACGUAGCCGACCAGGAAAUUCAAAAAGAACGAAGCAGAAUGAGCGCGGACGAUGCAGAACUGUCCGAAGGAGAAUGGUUCCUGAAAAGGAUCGACGAAGGGCUUUACAGUGUGUGGGCUAUCGAUGUCAUCCUCGCAUGGCUCGCCGCGGAGGAUGCCGGUGCCAAGAGGCGGAUACAAAAGCUGCUGGGUAAGGAUGGUCAAGACCUGGCGGCUGUGAGAGCUACAUUGCAGGAGUAUCGGGAAGAUUUGGAUCUGGAAAAGCCCCAACACAAGGACUUGGCGGAGAUGCUCACGACAUUGAUGGACUUUUUACAGUGA